AUGGCACCAAUUGUCAAAGUAGCAGUCAUUCAACUGUAUCCAAAACCUCUGCAACCCGAGCACAAUUUCAACAAAGCAGAAGCACUUAUCCGCUCUGCAGCCGCCCAGGGCGCGGAGCUUGCCGUCUUGCCUGAAUACCACCUGACCAACUGGAAGCCCAAGGAUCCAGAGUUUCUGGCUGUGGUGGAAAGGUGCUCGGACUAUGUGAAGAAAUACCAACAGCUCGCCAAAGAAUGUGGAAUAUGCAUUGUCCCAGGCACGAUUGUAGAGAGCCACAAGGAGAAUGAAAAAGAGCAGGACAGAUUGCUGAACGUAUGUUACUUUAUCGACCAACAGGGUAACAUUAUCGGCAAAUACAUCAAGAAGAACCUCUGGGGCCCUGAGCGUGACCAUCUCACAGGCUCGGGCCGCGACUUGCAUGAGGUGUUUGAUACACCCGUGGGCAAAGUAGGGUUACUGAUAUGCUGGGAUCUUGCCUUUCCCGAGGCAUUCCGCGAGCUUAUCGCUCAGGGCGCAAAGAUCAUCAUCAUCCCUACUUUCUGGACGCUGAAUGAUUGUAAUGAGGCGGGACUCCAGCAGAACCCUGCGGCCGAGGCGCUCUUCCUCAACUCGAUACUCACCGCUCGGGCGUUUGAGAAUACGUGCGCCAUUAUUUUUGCGAAUGCGGGAGGACCUCCGGGCAAGGGGUAUGCUGGGCUGAGCCAAGUGACUGUGCCGUUUGUAGGCCCGCUGACAAAGCUGGGAGGCGCCGCAGAGGGCAUGAGUGUUGUUGACAUUGACAUGCAAGUGCUAGAAGAUGCGGAGGCCAAUUACCAAGUUAGGGCUGAUUUGGCAAAGGAUGAUUGGCACUAUGAUUACAGACAUGGCAAGGGACCUCUGGGUCGAGGCAAGGAGAGGCUGUAA